ACUCUAGAUAUUUGACGCGCUCAGACCUAAAAACGAACGGAACAUUUUUUCAAAUCAUAAAAUUCGUGUGAAUAUUUUUUGUUUGUCUCUCAAUCUCAUAAAAAUGGCUAAGCAAAUGAAGAUCAUCGGCAGUUGCCCAUUCUGUCAACGUGAGGUUGGCAGCGAUCUGCGUCCCAUUAACCAACUAAAUAUGGAACACAUCAAUAUACUGGCCAACGAGCUCAAGGACUUCGAGCCAGUCACAAAGAGUGAGUGCCAAAGAAGCCAACAUAGCACGACUCCAUCACAGGUUUCCAGUACCGAAUCGAAUGACUCCCAGUCUGUGUCACUUUUAACGGAGGCUAUGCUGAACAUGGUCAGGCGGGAGUUUGAGCUUCCUGCAGACGCUGAGGAACAAAUACCAAGCGAUCAUGCUGAGCUCAUUCUUGCCAUGCUAUCCGAAGAGCAGAAUUGCUAUGAUAAAUUUUUGCAGAAUAAAAGCUCUAAGACCGGUUCGAAGCGCUCCAGGAAGUAAAGCAACUCAAAUCUCCCCCCUCAACCCAAUGCACAAAAUUUACAGUCUGCGCUGAUCCUUUUUUUAUUAUUUUGAAUACCGCUGUUAUUGUGAGACGCUGAAGCGUCAUUAAAUAUAAUUUUCAUAUUCGUUUGAUUA